UUCAUCCUCCGCAAGUAUUAACUGCACUGAACAGGCUUUCGCCGAGAGUAGGUUAGAUGUUCUUGUACGUUUAGUGAUGGUAAACCUCGCGUACGUAAUGUGGGUAGUAAAGAGAUACCACGCACGUCCCAUCUUUUAAUCACACUUCGCGAGUAGAGGAAUGACAGAGUGCGAUUGCGGAACGAACGCUGAAGCCGGUGCUGUCGGAGUCGAGUCUCGCAAGCCCACAAACAGUGCUUACGAGUCUCAGUCCGAGUCGGCUCACACUCGCAAUAUCUUGCAGUGUGUUUCGUCGAUUGGAGUACGGUGGGUCGUAGCCACACAACACAUAAACGCGAUCAUCGCUUCGUAAUCGUUAAAAAUACAAACCACGGUCGUGUGCAUUUCAUUUACGUGGAUUGUACUUACGCAGGCAGUGUAUAUUCGUACGCACUGCAUUGUGACUACGAACGUAAUUAACAACAAUUAGCGUAACUGGUAAUGUGACUUGACGAUGGGGACAACCGACAACCAUCUAGAGGUUUUUGUGUGCGGUGCAAUGACGGAGCUGAUCAUCUCGAGGGGUGAUACCUUCCCGCGCUCCUACCUGGAUACCUAUCGCAACAGUCGUGCGUGCGAAUACUACAAUGACUUGAAAACGAGCAAAAGCGACGAGUUGGUGCUGCAGAACUCCGAGGACAUUCCGAUCACCGCGGAGAUACAGCACGGGCAUUCGGAGAAUUUAUUGGAUACCGGAUGUAUGUCGCCGACCGAGGGUGACUUUCUCGAUAAGCCGGAGCUGCUGCCCCCGAUGCCGGCACGAAGUCAUCGGCGGCGAGUGCAGGUGUACGAUAAAGUUGACCCGGAAGAUAGCAUUCGUGAUAUUGUGACUGAAAAUGACUUUUACAAGUUCGUAUUAUUUAAGAAGCACUACGAUAAGUACUUACAUCUCUCGCAGAAGUACGAAGAAGCGCGGAAUAUCGCGUACUACUUGGAGGAGAAAUAUCAUGAAGUUAAGAGUGAACGUGACGGUUUAAUACAGGAACGUGACCGAUUGUCGAAACGAUUAGAGUCGAAUGAGUGCCUGCUCAAAGAGAAAGAAGACGAGGUUUUCACGCAAUUCGAAAAGGUCGUAUUGCUGGAGGAACAAUGCGAAAAGCUCCGGGCCGAGAAGGAAAAGUACGUGCUGCAGAGGAUUCAAAUAGAAAAAGAAAGGGACGAGGCGCUGCGACUGUUGAAGGAGCAGGCGAGAGAAUCGGAAUCCAACCGUAGAAAGCUGGAGCGGGCGAGGCAGGAAGUGUUCCGACACAUGACGAAAAUCAAGAACGAAAAAGACAUUCUGGAGCGUGAGAAUGGGCAGCUGAAAGAGGCCUUGGAGGCUGAACGGAAGGGCUUUGGCCGAUUGAAGCGUGAACCGUCCGCUGAACCGGAGCGCGAGCCCACCAGCGAGGAGCAAGUGCUGACGCUGAAGUCGCAAUUUCAGAAAGCCUUCGAGCAUCUGGCCACCUGCAAGCGGAAGAAGUGCUCCGUCUGCACUUAUACGAAAGCAGUGUUUGGGAAUAAGAAUCGCCAUAAAUACGAUAAAAAAUUGUUUUCCUGUUUGCAAACGCCGUUUCUCGAAGUGCGCAACAUGUUGAAACCACCGCCAUCGCCGAUUAAGGGUGCGCUACUGGAAGGAGAGAGUUUAUCAGAGUGGUUCUGUCCUUUGGAGGACCCAUCUGAAUGUUCCUCAUUUAGUUUGCCCUUCGCCGAGCUUGCCAUAUCGUACAUGGACGAGACGUCGGACGCCUCGGGUUCACAGUGCUUCGACGUGAAUCAAUUCAGCCAUGACAACCUCAGUCACAUUACUAAUAAUCGUGGGUAUGGGAGCGAUUCGGGUUUCUCAUCGGACGUAUGCGGCGAUUGCAAAAGCGACGUGACAACGCCGAAGGAGAAAUUCAGCCCGAAGGGAACGCUGGAUGACGCCGAAUGUGCCAAACUGACGCGAACCAAGUGGACUGCAUCAUUCAGGAAGCUAAUUAAUAGAAUUAGGAAGUAGUCGGCGUUCGUUCGCAUUCAUUAUAUCCACCAAGCAUCGCGCACGUACGCGCAUUCAUUAUCGCCCUCGAAAUAAUUCAGCAAUCGACCAUCGCUAUAACAUCGGUUUGACCAUCGCGCUCACGUGUACUGUUAGCUGCUUACUCGCGUAAGCAAUUAACAGUGCUUCAUUAUACAUUCCAUCGCAUUAUCAUACGACGACUCCUUAAAAAUAUCCAUUUUUUAACUUAUAUUUUAAUUGCCGCAAUUAAUCUUGUAGUUAAUUACGUUACGCGUUCUAUCGUGGUAAUGGACGAAUGUAUACGACCAACGAAGGCGGAUUUUUUGCAAUUCAUUUUCUGUGUUGUAUUUACGUCGAAAUUACUCAAAUGUGUUCAAAAUUGCAAUAAUCAGAUGGAAAUGAUAAUAUCAUGCAAAAUGACUCAAUUUUACGUAGAUGCGUACAUUAAUUUAUAUGUGACUGAGAAACUAGCGAUGAUGAUAUGUACUGUGUACUUAUGAUUGACAUUAUUUAUUAUUAAUUAUUGUUGGUAGUUAUUCAUUGUUAGGUGUCACGCAUUGAUCGUACAUAAUCAUUUACCAACAAGAUUCUGAUGAUAUCAGGUAUUGACAACCUUAUAAAAUUUAGAAAAAACUUAAAAUCCUAUUAGAUUUUAAGCAGUGAUUGCAAGUUUUUUCCAACUUUGCCAAUUAAAAGUUUAUAGCCAUCAUUAUACAACAGAUGGUUCAUAGGACAAUAUUGAUAUCGAUAAGCAGUAGCUAGAAACCCUUGAAGUCGUUAGAAGUAGAAAAUGUGUCAAAGUUUGAUUAACUUUACAAUCCAGGCAAAUUAAAGAAGGCUGGUUUUCUGAUGGGCUUUAAUAGCUACGAGCUUAAACAUUACUCAGUACAAUUUCGUAAAAGUAAAUUAAAUUUAGAUCAAUCAAAUCCUAUUGUGUGUGAAUUCUUCGAAAUUCGCCGAAAUAAGACGUAAUUAAACAUCGAGUGUCUUUUGUAGACAUGUACAUGUUCAUUUUGAGAGGAACGUACAUUUAACAUUACAAAAUUCGUGUCAAAAUAGAUUGCCGAUUGUCGGGAAAGGCAUAGGAGAAAUGUAUGUUUGUAUAAAUGUUAUAAGAUAUAUUUCGCGCUUCUCAGAAUGUGAAUGAGUUAACUCGUCUGAUAAACGCAUAAUUAUUUGCUCGCAUCUCCUUUGUGCAGUCUAUUUUAGUAAUUCGGUGGCAGCGUACAUAUUUAUUUGUUUAGUUUUUUACGAUGUAAGACUCGCAGUAUUAUUUCUCUUUUUUUGUUAUGAUUACUAUUGUUAGCAAAGAUGAAUGCAUAAACUCAAAUACAUUCCGGACAAAAUGCUUAAUUAAUAAAAUAUGAUAUAAAUUAUUAA